CGUGGCAGCCGGGGCUUGCGCGUGCUCCUUUCCUGUACGCCCUGCCGUCACCGCGAACUACAAGACGAGCUGCUCGCGACACAAACCGAAGGACGAAGCCAUCUGCAAACCCGUUGUUUGUCGCCUUGUCUUAAGAAAAAGUAGCGGGAGCAACAACAUGGACCAUGCGCAGCCGUCUGCUCCUCCGUACGACGCCGCAUUCCAGGGCGUUUCUUGCGCGAUGCCAUCGCUCCUCAGCGGGGAACAAGGUCGGGCACGAGAGCGGCCAUGGAACGAACACGGUCAGUGGAUACCCACACAAGUCCCGCACUGGCACGCCCAGCGAGCAAGCCUCGAACCGCCCGUCGCGAUGCCAGAGCCGGGGAGUACUGCGGCGCAAGAUGACAGGCAAUACGGUGACGGCGUAGACCACCGACAUCCCCUGCCACAGGACCGAACCGCACGAAGUCGCCAAGCCCCAGUCUCAUCUAUAGGAACGCUGAAGGGUCCCUCAGGACGUAGCAGUGCUUCGUUGUCUUUCUGGAGCGCCCACUCUGCACCGGACGGCGAGAGCAGCUCGGUGAACUCAGCGAGCAGCCUCGAGACGACGGCCACGCCGAACGCGGCCAGCGAUGGGCAGCAGAUCGCCGAGUCCGAGAAGCGACGCUCCAAGCACGCGCUUCUCGCCGCGCCGUUUCCCUGGGCCACGUGCGUGCCCAUGGCGGGACUGACGGCGCUCGCCGCCGUGCUCUUGCUGUUCGUGAUCUCUAUCGUGGUGCGAGCGGACAUGGUCAUGCUGCAGCCCCUGGUGACGCAGUACUACGUCGACGAAGGCGCCCUGGGGAAGUCGUGGCGCCGCGCACUUACCGCGAACGACAGCAACGACCUGGUACAUACCAGCGGAGAACUGCUCGAAGGACGAACGACCCGAGUGUCCGGCGUUACCGUUACCAGAUUGGUGACGAGGAGUGCCCGGAAGAAAGCCGUGACCUCCGUGAUAACAACGGCCCGGGCAAAGAGCUACGCGCGUCGCGCCAGCAAACGGCUCUUGACGAGACACGGGAAGAAGGAGCGUUCGCGGAAGAAGCCCGCCGCUGGCGAGUACGGUGCUCAGGAUGACGAGGAGGACGCGCUGGUCUUUCCGUUUCGACGACCGGCCCGUCCAUCUUGCGGCUCCGUGUUCUACACCUUCUGCGGGCGUCCACCGCUCGAGUUCCACUACCGUCUUGCGGCGAACGCUUGCGUCCGGACGAACACGCUGGAGGCGGCGGACCUCUGCAACCGAGGUGGGAAUCGGUUCGCCUCCCUCGACGACUGCCUGGAGAGCUGCGUCUCCCCGAAGCGCCCGGCCGAAAAAUGCUUCGACAGGACCCUCUUCACGCGUUGCGCCAGGCAGGACACCCUGUCCACUUGGUGGCACCACGAUGGCAGGAAAUGCACGCCCUGGCCAUUCCCCUCGGGCGGCUGCCCCGGCAACGGGAGCACGGUCUUCAGCACGGCUCAAGAAUGCCGGAAGCGGUGCGAGGGCCGACAACACGGACCGCGGUGUCGGCGUCCCGAGGUGGUCGCAUGCGGGCGCCGUCACCUGAAGUACCCGUACUUCGCCUUCCGGGACCCGAAGGAAGGCCGCGUGCGGUGCCUGCGGUCUUCGAUGGGCGUGCUGCGAGGCCACCGGUGCCUGGCUGGCGCCAACCGCUUCCGCAGUCACGGGGCCUGCGUCUCUUCGUGUAGAAAGCGGCCUCCAUCACUCGGCUAGCUAUAGCUGGGCGCGUUCGCGUGAUUGCCUUCCUUCGCGAACAAUGUACCUGUUCAUGCGGGAAGGCCUUUUUUUUUAUAAAGUUUCUAGCUUUGCAGUGCUUCCAGCGAUUGCGACAAUUUUA